AAGUAUUACAAAAAUGUAAACUAAUUGUUUGGGAUGAAUGCACAAUGGCACAUAAAAAAUCGCUCGAAGCUCUUGAUCGAUCAUUACGAGACUUGCGUGGAAACGUUCAACCAUUCGGGAAUGCAUUGAUAUUGCUCGCAGGAGAUUUUAGGCAAACAUUGCCUGUAAUUUCUCGAUCGACACCAGCAGACGAAAUUAAUGCUUGCCUGAAAUAUUCAACACUAUGGCGGCACGUACAUACAUUGGAGUUGACUACGAAUAUGCGUGUCCAGUUGCAGAAUGAUCCAUCAGCUGAGGUAUUCUCACGACAGUUACUGGAAAUUGGAAACGGUCAGCUGCCAGUCGAUGAGACGUCUAGACAAAUAUCACUUCCCGAUAAUUUUUGUAAUUUAGUUACAUCAAAAGAAGAACUGAUCGAAAAAGUAUUUCCUGACAUUCAGAUAAAUCAUAGAAAUCAUGAUUGGCUCAGUGAACGAGCUAUCCUUGCCGCAAAGAAUAAAGAUGUCUAUCAACUUAAUAAUGUUAUACAAUCCAGUAUUCAAAGUGAUGAAACUACAUAUAAGUCGAUAGACACUGUUGUGGAAGCUGAUGAAGUAGUUAAUUAUCCAACAGAAUUUCUAAACUCACUUGAUCUGCCAGGGAUACCACCACACAUAUUGAAAUUGAAAGUAGGUGUGCCAAUUAUCCUCUUGCGGAAUAUUAAUCAGCCAAAACUCUGCAACGGCACGCGACUUGCAGUUAAGAGAUUAAUGAAUAAUGUAGUGGAAGCAACGAUUUUAACAGGGCCUUUCAAAGGUGAAGAUGUCCUCAUUCCUCGAAUACCCACGAUCCCGACCGAUACACCAUUUCAAUUUAAAAGAUUGCAAUUCCCAAUUCGAUUGGCAUUUGCAAUCACAAUCAACAAAGCUCAAGGUCAAUCUUUAGAAUUGUGUGGUCUAGAUUUAGAUGUGGAUUGCUUUUCACAUGGACAACUGUAUGUUGCGUGUUCCCGAGUCGGCAAACCAGAUAGUCUUUAUAUUUACGCAGACAGUGGAAAAACAAAAAAUAUUGUAUAUAAACAAGUAUUGCAAAAUUAAACUUAUAUGAAAUGUA